AUGGCGAAUGCGACUACUAGUUGUUUGAGUGAAGAUUCUACAACAUUAAUAAAGAAAGAAGAAGAAGAUGAUUGCCAAGUGAACAACAAUAAUGAAGAAAUUAGGAUAUUGGUGGAGUCCAUGGAGUUAAAACUGAAAAAGGUGGUCAGUAAUUCCUUGCUGCAAUCCGAUUAUGAUAGAGUCCGAGUUCCCGAGCAGCUUUACAAGCUAAAGCCAGAAGCCUACACACCCCAUUCAGUCUCAAUUGGGCCUUUGCACUAUAACGAGAGACACUUACGGACGACAAUGGAAAUACAUAAGUUGCGUUAUUUAAAUCUCAUUCUAAAUCAAGCACCCUCUGGGAAAACCUUAGAUGUUUACGUCAAAGCUGUGAGUGAUUUGGAAGAAGAAGCUCGCAAAUGUUACUCAAUAUCAUCAGAAACCACCACCACCACAAGCAUCGGAAAACGUGAGUUUGUGGAGAUGAUGGUGAUGGACAGCUUCUUUAUUCUUGGGUUCUUGGGGAUCUUUGAAUUAAGUGAGAAGGAUCAGGAUCAUUUCGGUUCAAGGUCUUCACGGGGUUGGGCAAUUAUGGAUGACCUUAUUAUUAAGCUUGAAAAUCAGCUACCCUUCUUUAUUCUUGAGCAUUUACAUGGGCUAAUUUUUGAUGGUUUUAUACGAUUGCCCCGUGGCAUCACCUUAAGUCAUUAUAUCUAUUGGGAACUCUUACACUGGUGUGAAGAUAUGCUCCAUGGCCCAACCCUUGAGAGUUACGAACAAAUAUUAUCAUUACCAUUGCCCUCAGAGGGUGGUGGAGGAGCAAAGCAUUUUCUUCAUCUUUUACAUUUUGUCCUUGUUCCAUCAUCCCUGAUAACGAUGAUGAGAAACCAUAACGGUAAAGAGUAUUUGCCACUUAGGUAUUGUGCCUCGGAACUUUGGAGUUCCGGCGUCAAGUUUCAGAAUAAGAAGAAGGAGAAGGAUUCUCGGCCUCCAAAGACAUCAUCAUCUUUAUUUGACAUAUAUAGACUUUGA